AGUUUAUCAGGAGGACUCUCGCGUUCAAAGAUGGCAGACGUACCUGAUAAUGCUAAUGAACACUGCCCAGGCACGCAGAGUGAGCAAGCAGGGAAGACUUCGUCAUGCCAGGGCUGUCCCAACCAGAAACUGUGUGCUUCUGGAGCCACCAAGGCCCCUGACCCUGCCAUAGCAGAGAUUGGAGAGAAGCUGUCUGUAGUCAAACACAAGAUCCUCGUGUUGUCUGGAAAAGGAGGAGUGGGCAAGAGUACAUUCAGUGCUCACCUGGCCCAUGCCCUGGCAAGUGACGGCACAAAGGAGGUUGCCCUGUUGGAUGUGGAUAUCUGCGGCCCGUCCAUUCCCAGGAUCAUGGGCUUGGAAGGGGAACAAGUUCACCAGAGUGGCUCAGGCUGGUCCCCUGUGUAUGUGGAAGACAACCUUGCUGUCAUGUCCAUUGGCUUCCUGCUCGGUAGCCUUGACGAUGCUGUGAUCUGGAGGGGACCCAAGAAAAAUGGAAUGAUCAAGCAGUUUUUGAGAGAUGUUGACUGGGGGGAACUUGACUACCUCAUCGUGGACACGCCCCCUGGCACGUCUGACGAGCACCUGUCAAUUGUCCAGUACCUAAGCUCCACUCACGUCGAUGGAGCUGUCAUCAUCACUACACCACAGGAGGUGUCUUUGCAAGAUGUGCGAAAAGAGAUCCGAUUCUGUCAGAAGGUCAAGCUUCCAAUCAUCGGAGUGGUGGAGAACAUGAGUGGCUUCGUCUGUCCUAAAUGCAAGAACACCUCACAGAUCUUCCCUCCAUCCAGUGGGGGUGCUGAGAAAAUGUGUGCCAAUCUAAACCUCCCUCUGCUAGGCAAGGUCCCUCUAGACCCUAGGAUAGCACGAAGCUGCGACGAGGGCAAAUCUUUCCUCAACGAAGUACCAGAUUCUCCUGCUGCUGAGGUUUACCAGAGAAUUGUACAGAGUAUCCAGGACUACUGUUCCAACCGUGUGACAGAGGAGCAGAGCACCACUUGAGCAAACUCUAAUGAUGGCCAUAUUGGACCAGAACACUGAGACAGAUCACAUGUUUGUGGUAGAAAUGACUCAUUUCUGUGAUGGAAUUACAGAGGAAAUCCCAAAACAUUAGUGGUACAAUGGUAACCAAAGGCUGCCAGGACUAUCUCAAACACAUAAUCCAUCGCUGGCAGUAGUUUGCAUAACAUUUGAUGAACUACUGGUCUUGCAGCACAAGUAUUCUUAUCUUUUUCUUACUAUCAACAAUUCCCAAGUCCAAAACCAACAAUGUUUUAGUAGAUCUUUAAAAGCUUAUUCCAUUGUCUCUACUCUGUUUGUGCCAAUCAGCCCAAAUUCCACUGAUUUCUACUGAAGAUAUAACUUUUGAGUCCCAAAUAUACAGCAUUCUUUAUUUAAGUAAAUGCUAAAUAAUGUUAUACAACAGCUGGGCACUGUAACUUUUAGCAAUCAUUACUCAAACAGGAGUAAAUGGUGCAUUUGUAGGGGGCUAUUUUCCACUGCACAUCUAUCACUCAACUGUGUAUUUAUAGCAAAAUAUGUGGAACAGAGUCAAAAACAACGCCUCCCUGCUUGUUAUAAAGUCAUGUAUUCCAGUGCAACACUGUGGAUCACUAAUGGAUUUCACAGGCACAGGAAUAAUCUGUAUAAGAUUUGAGUAUUCUUUGUUUGUUAGAUCAGUUCAUUUUGGUUAUCUCAUGGGAUUUGUUGACUAUAUAAUAUAUAACUAGAUUUACACUUUAAUAGUAAAAUAAACAUAGGGACCUUGGCAGAAUCAGACUCCAAAUUAAAUGAAGACAUGUAGUUUAUUUUGUCUUUUUUUCCUCAGAAUAAAACUGUUAUAGAUUUUCUGAUGCAAUUCAACAUAAAGUCCUACGUCCUAGAUACAGGAUACCGUCUCACCUGCAUGGCAUAAAGUUUCAGAUACUCAUUUGAUUUUCCUUUCUUGGUGAUUGUAGUCAUUCCACCCUUAAAAUGAGGAAAUUCCUGUCAGGGGACCUUCUCAGCCAUCUAAAAGGUUUGUUUUGUCAGCAUAUGUUUAGUUUUGGAAUGCAGAUAACAGAUCAGAGAAAUGCACACUAUGCAUUUAUAGGUCAAGGAGGUUGCUCAUUUUAUAACAUCUGCAGUCACUGGUGAUAUUAUGCAAGGUUUGAAAAAAAUGGUAGUUUUCACACACCAAAACAAAAUGUACCAAAUUUGGCUCAAGGUGGGGUUUAAUUUACUUUAAUGACCAAAUGUAAAGUUCAGCUGUAGUUACACCUUGAGUGACACAGUUCAUGAAUUGAAAAGUUAAAAGCUCUAUAACCUGUAGAGGUUGAUUUCCUGCUGUCAAUUAUUCGUUUCUAUUAUUGAACUACUGAUUUGUUAUAAAUAAGUGUUUUGGACAGAUCUUGUGUGUGAUGUACUUCCAAUGAUUGAUUUUUAAAAUAAAUAAUCAAAUAUGA